AUGUCCGACAACGUGGGUAUAACAUGGGCUUCAGACCUUCGGCAAGCACGUCGCGACUUAGAUGCCACAACAGAUGCGAAUGGCUCAAGCCAGUCCAGGUCUCGCGACAAUGAGAUCACCAUACAAGAGCCCGAGACAGGAAACGCCUCUCAUAGUUCAGGUGGAGAUUCUAGCAGCACUCAGCGCAACACCCCUACUGCUUUGUCCGCGCAGAUCUCAACGGAACCCGUGGAUGAGACUGCGUUCGAUCGAUUAGAUGCGAAUGUGCAGCAGGGUUCUGCUGUGUCUCCGGCAUUCGGUCCGGACAGCUCGCAUCAGUCACUUCCUCCAUCCGCUCAGACAUCCUCAACUUCAUUAAAGUCCAUGGCUGAGCGGGAAGUUGACCGUAAUUUGCCGGCUGGGACGUCCAUGGUUCAUCGGGCGCUCUCCACAAAGUCAACAUACGGGUAUCCGCGCCGGCGUCGCCCCUCGCACUCAAAGUCACUCUCGCACUCUCUCUCAGCUUCAAAACGAUCACCACUUAAUGAACAUCCUACCUACCCUGACCAGUCCUUUGCAGCUUUACAAGGCCAAUAUCCUUCCUCCAGGCCAGCUCCUCCCCUCCGGACCAGAAGCUCUCAUCCGGCACAGAAUCUCCUCUACAACGAGAUGUCGAACUGGGCCAAACCUGUUCGAGAUGGGCAACCCGCCUGUAAGGGUACAAAGACCGCAGAUAAUACGCCCAUCUCGAGCCCUGGCCUCUUCAGUCCAGAAGCUCGGGUGCCUUCGUCUUCCUCUCUAACUGAACUCGGCCCUCAAUUACAUCAUCUCCAAACACCGAAAGAGACACAUACUGCCGAGAUCGAGCAUGACACCUUUUCGGGCAAUAAAUUUAUCAACAAUUACGAGAUUGUUCAGGAACUAGGUCGUGGGGAACAUGGCAAAGUGAAGCUUGGACGAGACAUUGAGAAGGGCACUUUGGUCGCGGUCAAGAUCGUCCCAAGAUACUCAGUCAAGCGACGUCUAGGUCGACUUGGUGCGCCAGAAGACCGCACCAAACGAGAGGUAGCCAUUCUGAAGAAAGCCAGGCAUCCGAACGUUGUUAGUUUGCUGGAGGUUAUCGACGAUCCGAACAAGAACAAGGUCUACCUGAUCCUCGAAUAUGUGGAACGGGGCGAGAUACAAUGGCGCAAACGAGGUGUUCGUGAAGUUCUGGCGGUCAACAACAAUAGGUUUGUUCAGGAACGUGUGGGCAUUGAAGUACCACUCGAGCCUUCUGAACGCGACCUCUUUUAUGUGGCCCAGGCCAAGCGCCGCCACGAACAGCAAGAGAAGUCUCGGAUUGCUGCUUCAAGCUUUAUACCAAACUGGAGUCUUGAGCAUGGCGGAGAAGAGCUGGAUGAAGAUGAAGUGUUCUCCGAUAUCUCCCGCUCUGGCUCACGGCAGUUUUAUGAGUCAAAUAACCCCAGCAGGACUGGAUCUCUCGAAGACUACCCAGAUAUGGCUCUCGCUGGGAGUAUGUACGGUGCAUAUGCCCCUGAAGCAUACCACAGCAGUCGGAAGUUCAGUAUCGCAGCUAGUGCCGUUUCCCAUAUGUCGUCGGAGUGGAAUCUUGAUGAGACCGACGAUGAGCAUUCCUAUGUCCCUGCGAUGACCCUCGAAGAAGCUCGUCGAGCCUUCCGAGAUACACUGUCCGGUCUGGAGUUCUUGCAUUUCAUCGGUAUCAUUCAUCGCGAUAUCAAACCGGCCAAUCUUCUUGUUUCGAGCAAUGGAACGGUUAAGAUUUCCGACUUCGGUGUCUCAUACCUCGGACGCCCGACAACCGACGAAGACCCAGAAAACAAGCUUACGGAACACGAUGUGUCGGCAUUGGACGACGAGAAAGAGUUGGCGCGAUCUGUGGGAACGCCGGCAUUUUGGGCUCCUGAACUCUGCUACGAGGAUCCUUCCAUGUUCGAAGAAAAGAAUGGCCCAAGAAUCACGGGGGCUCUCGAUCUGUGGGCCUUAGGUAUCACUCUAUACUGCAUGGUGUAUGCUCGCCUGCCCUUUUACGCAACAGAAGAUAUGGGACUUCAUGAAGCAGUGUGCAAAGCUGAAGUCUUUCUGCCCAAAAGCCGUCUUGUCCCUGUCGACAUGUCGCGCGACAAGCCCUCAUACCAGGUCCCAAGUUCGAUCAACAGUAACAAGCGGUUAGACUAUGAACUCAAGUUCGAAGCCGUACCAGAUCCGGUGCGUGACCUCAUACGCAGACUACUGAUCAAGGACCCUGCGAAGCGCAUGACUAUUGAAGAAGCGAAACAACAUGAGUGGGUAGUCGAAGGUAUGCGCGAUCCCUCACAGUGGUUCAAAGGCCCACCAGAGAUGGAGAAGGAAAGCAAAAAGAAAAUUCUGGAAAUUGACGAAAAGGAGCUGUCACAUGCGGUGGGAAAGAGGAAUAUCAUCGAGCGCGCGCUCAACACCGCUGGACGACUGGCUGGCAGCCUCCUCGGCAGAAGCAACACCCGCAGACGUGCUCCUAGUAUAGCCACCACUGCCAGUCAUUCGAGUGAGUCAAUCGGGUCGACCUCGCCGUCCAUGGCGAGCACUGCCGGAAAGCAUGAGCGUGAGAGGAUGCGAGAGGGACGACGGACCAGUCUACGUGGCGACGAAGUUCUAGCUGCUCUCAAGACGUCGAGAGAGAACACCGAGCAUCCCCUAGCCCAGAGUCAAACCGCCAGUCCUGACACGUCUCCACAUGAGACAUAUUUCGCCGAGUCUUUGUCGGCACCGAAGGCAGCGUCGACAGGGGUCAGCCCAAUGGCUGAGCGUGAAGGACGGCCUCGAGGCCCCGGUAGAGCCAUCUCUGUUCUCUCGACCACCGAUUCAAUCAAGACAAUUAGAGCGUCACAGAUGCAGAGGCCGCCUUUGCCGCUCCACGAGUCAUCACCUUCUGUCGAUCGGCCUGUCACUCGCGAAAGAAGUAUGAAAGCCAGGGUUGACGGUCUUUGGGAAGGGACUGCAAAGACAUUGGCUCGACUCAGCAGCCGAGACCGUCAUUCGCAGAGAAGUGAACGCUCACCAGUGUCAAGCCGUCACUCCUCUGAAGGAGACGGUCAUACCCGAGCCACCAUUGCUGUUAGCACGGCUUCAGCCGCAGGUGCCAUAGAACCACCAGCAGCACUGAAAACUCCCGUUACAUCGGUUGACGACAACACCGCUCCGGCAAAGCCCCAGAUGCAGGCCCCGGCCUUGCCACGAAGUGCUUUUCAAGCACCCGCAUCAACGGAAGAAGCCUUUGAACAAGCUCGGGACCUGAAUCAACGCCGGCUCAUUCGAGAAGCGCAUCAACAGGCCGAGGCCGCCGCAGAGGCAGCUUCGAGACUUCCAAGUCAGUCCCCAGUCAACGAAUGUCCGCCAUCCCCGGAUGAUAUCAUGUUUCUGGAGAAACAGCGGACCAAGGCUUCGAACGAACCAGCGCCAUUCUCGAUAGGAUCCUCCGGACCCUCCGCCAGCACCAUAGCAUCCUCUGUAGAUGACUGCGGUGCCAGCAGUGUAUCACAGAGCACAUCCAAUCCGAGCUUCGGUAUGGAGUCAGGUGCUUCCUCUCCACCUGGUGAAGGGUUCAUGGCGCCCUCGGUGGAUGUCCCCACUUCAAGAAAAGAGAUCGAACCUGCCUUCAUGCGCACUGCCGACACCAUCACCAAACAUGAUCGACCCACGCAGACUGCGACAGGACACUCGCUCGAAGAUUGGCACAACAAUGGCCACGAAUACGGUCAUGAUGCUGACGACGAUUCGGAUGAAGAUGGAAUGAUGAUGGGCGCCCCUCAGAGAAGGAAGAUCUGA